AUGUAUACGAUUUGCAUAGUGCUUAUCACUUUCCAUUUUGUUUCAAUUCAAUCUGUCCAAAUACCCUAUGAUACUGUCGUAUGUUUUGGUGAUUCACAUUCAGACACUGGCAACGUUUAUAAUCUAACGAAAUUCAAAUGGCCUCUCGUGCCGCCUUACUACCAAGGCCGAUUUUCCAACGGGCCACUCUGGAUCGAAAAGUUAAACAUACCAACAUUGAUUGAUUAUGCAUAUGGUAGUGCAACAACUGAUAAUUAUCUCAUAACAGGCAUUACGGCAUUGAAUACCAUUGUACCAGGUGUUCGUCAACAAGUAUCCAUGUAUAAAAGUGCGACAAAUUUAACCCAAAUGAAUUUCAAUCGAACACUUUAUGUCAUCUGGGCUGGUGCAAAUGAUUACUAUUUCAAUAACUAUCUACUUCCAUCUGCGGUAAUCAGUAGUCUCAUGGAAAGCAUCAAUGAUUUGAUUCAACUAGGUGCCAAACACUUUCUUAUUCUUAAUCAGCCACCAUUUCAAGAAAUUUCGUUUGCAACAAAUUUGAAUUUAAGUUCUUAUUUCAGUAACUUAAUAUUAGCACAUAACAACAACCUUUCAACUACCAUUCAAUCCUACCGAUCGAAUUAUUCAAAUCGUGUUUUUCAUUUGUACGAUGUCUAUUCACUCGUAGUUAGUAUUCUCAAUAAGGCUUCAACUUAUGGAAUCAAUAGCACGAAAAAUUGUUGGAAUAUAUCAACUGGUGUUAUUAACGGAACAUGUUCAACUCCGGAAAGUUAUUUAUUUAUUGAUGAAUACCAUUUCACAACGCGUAUUCAUCAAUUCAUUGCUGAUGACGUCCGGCAAUUGUUAGCGGUUUCGAGUAGAAGUGGAAAAUGUUCCCAAUCAAUAACAGCGAUAUUCUGUUGUAUUUGUAUGUGCAUAGUGUUGCAUUGGAAAGAAUCCUAUCACAUAUAA